AUGGCUCGACGACCCGCUAAGUGUUACCGAUACCAGAAGAACAAGCCCUUCCCCAAGUCUCGAUACAACCGAGCCGUGCCCGACCCCAAGAUCCGAAUCUACGAUCUUGGUCGAAAGCGAGCCCACGUCGACGACUUCCCUCUGUGUAUCCAUCUCGUUUCCAACGAGCGAGAGCAGCUGUCUUCCGAGGCUCUUGAGGCUGCCCGAAUCUGUGCCAACAAGUACAUCACCAAGGUGUCCGGACGAGAGGCCUUCCACAUGCGAAUCCGAGCCCACCCCUUCCACGUUCUGCGAAUCAACAAGGUGCUUUCUUGCGCUGGUGCCGAUCGACUUGCUCAGGGUAUGCGAGGAGCCUGGGGUAAGCCCGCCGGUCUUGCUGCCCGAGUUGACAUUGGCCAGGUUCUGAUUUCCAUCCGAACCAAGGACAACAACAAGGCCACCGUUAUCGAGGGUCUGCGACGAUGCCGAUACAAGUUCCCCGGUCAGCAGAAGAUCAUCAUCUCCAAGAAGUGGGGUUUCACCAACCUCGACCGAGAGGAGUACAUGACCCGACGACAGAACGGAGAGAUCAAGGAGGACGGUGCCUACGUCAAGUUCCUCACCAAGAAGGGUCCUCUGGCCGAGUCUCUUGCCGAGUUCCCCGACUACAACGGUGUUUCCGUUUAG